AUGUCUCUGAGAGGUGAUGUGUGUGUGGUGACCGGAGCCUGUGGAUUUCUGGGAAAGACGCUGGUGAGGCUGCUGCUGGAGGAGGAGAAAAUGGCUGAGAUUCGACUGCUGGACAAACAUGUACAGCCCCAACUUUUACAGACUCUGGAGGACUGCAGAGGCGACACAAAGCUGAGCGUUUUUGAAGGGGACAUCAGGGACAGUGAUUUCGUGAGACAAGCCUGUCGAGGUGCAUCAGUCAUCUUCCACAUCGCAUCCAUCAUUGAUGUUAAGGAGUCAGUGGAGUACAGUGAGAUGUAUGGGGUCAAUGUCAAAGGAACGCAGGUUCUUCUGGAGGCAUGUAUUCAGGAGAACGUGGUGUCCUUCAUCUACACCAGCACAAUCGAGGUGAUGGGACCAAACCCAAAGGGUGAACCCAUAAUUAACGGCAGCGAGGACACAGUUUAUGAAUGCAGUCUAAAGUUUUCCUACAGCAAGACCAAAAAGGAGGCUGAGCAGAGAGCCCUGCAGGCCCACGGCGAGGUGCUCCAGAACGGAGGCCGACUGGCCACCUGCGCCCUGAGGCCUAUGUACAUCUUUGGGGAGGGCUGCCGCUUCCUGCUGGGCCACAUGGGCGACGGGAUAAAGAACAAAGAUGUUCUGUUUCGACUGUCCCGACCAGAGGCCCGCGUGAAUCCUGUCUACGUGGGCAACGUGGCCUGGGCUCACCUCCAAGCGGCUCGCAGCCUCAAAGACCCACAAAGAAGAAAUGCUGUCGGAGGAAAGUUUUUCUUCAUUUCUGACGACACGCCGCCUGUGAGCUACUCAGACUUCAACCAUGUGGUGAUGUCUCCUCUGGGCUUCACCAUUCAAGAGAAACUCCUGCUGCCGCUCGGCCUCCUCUAUAUAAUCUGUUUCUUCCUGGAGGUUCUGUGCACGAUGCUCCGGCCUUUCAUACGCAUCGUCCCCCCAAUGAACCGGCAGCUCCUCACCAUGCUGAACACGCCGUUUACCUUCUCCUAUCAGAGAGCCAAGAGGGACCUGGGGUACAGUCCCAGAUACAGCUGGGAGGAAGCACGCAAACGCACCACUGAAUGGCUCGCCUCACAGCUGCCGAAAGAGCGGGAACGAAUAAUCAGUGAAAGGUGGUGA